AUGCGCGAAGAAUUUUGGCCGAUCGACGGCCGCAGACUAGUGCGAAAUGUAGUUCGUGCUUGUUUCCGAUGCUAUCGUCUCAACCCGGUGGCUGCUCAGCAACAAAUCGGCCAGCUACCUGCCGCCCGAGUGAUUCCCAGUCGUCCAUUCAGCGUAGUAGGAGUUGAUUAUGCUGGGCCUUUCUACCUCAAGGCCAUCCACAAACGAGCUGCUCCCACGAAAGCGUAUCUGUGCCUCUUCGUGUGCUUCGCAACGAAGGCGGUGCACCUAGAGUUAGUCAGCGAACUGUCCACGUCUGCUUUCCUGGCCACUCUUCGGAGGUUCAUCUCUCGCCGUGGCCGUCCCUCGGAUAUCCAUUCGGACAACGGGAAGAAUUUUGAAGGGGCUAGCAACGACAUCGCCGAAUUGUAUGCCAUGCUCGCCGAUGAAACAAUCCAAGCGGAAAUCGUAUCGACCUGUGCUGCCGAAGGAACUACUUGGCAUUUUACACCUCCAAAAGCUCCUCAUUUCGGCGGGCUAUGGGAGUCGGCCAUCAAGGUGGCGAAGAAGCAUCUGUAUCGACAGAUAGGCACGACGCGGCUCUCCUAUGAGGACAUGAGCACUGUUCUGGCACAGAUAGAAGCGAUAAUGAAUUCGCGGCCCCUGCUUCCAAUGAACGAGGAUCCCGACGAUUUGGCCGCAUUAACUCCAGGACAUUUCCUCGUCGGUACGUCGCUUCUAGCCCUGCCCGACCCAGACUUUCGCACCAUUCCGACCAGUCAGCUGGACCACUACUGGAAACUUCAGUCUCAUAUCGGACGAUUUUGGCACCAUUGGCAGAAGGAAUACAUCCAGGAGCUGCAAAAGGACACCAAGGGUCAUUCUAGGAACGAGGACUUUCUUCUGGAACAACUUGUCAUCGUCGUCGAUGAACAACAGCCAACACUCCGCUGGCCUUUGGCUCGUAUAGUCGCCAUCCAUCCCGGGAACGACAACGUCACUCGCGUCGUUUCGUUGCUGACUGCGAAAGGUGUAAUCAAACGACCAAUUGCAAAAAUUUGCCUGCUGCCCUUCGUCUCAUCGGUUUCUGGUGACAACGUUCCAACAUCCAACGAUGAUCUCCAACUGGCAACUACUUUAGAUUAA